GAUCACUGAGAUUUGUCUCAGUAUUCCCAAUAACCAGCUUGACACUGGGUGUACGCAUUUGCUGUUUCACAUAUUGGACACUUAAGGCAGUACAUUCAUAUGUAGUACUUAGUAUACUCACUGUUGUAGUGCAUGAAUUCUGACAGUAGUUUUGUCCCAAAGCGAAAAGCUAUUGAACUCACUGGGAAUUAUGAUUGCAACUUGUGUCCUUGAUUGUCGUCUGCCAUAAUAUCUACCGGCUUCUUUGUUUACUACACACAAGUGCAUAAUGCACUAUAAAUUGUAUGGAAAAGUAAGGUGUGAUUUCCACUUCCUGUAGGUCUUCUUAAUACAGGUAGAUGAAAUGUGAACAGAAUAAGAACAAAUAUCUUACAUAUUAUGCUUCAUUCUGAGCAAACCAAAGAGGAUGGAUGAGGAUUGUCACAUGGCUUCUUUCUCAUUUGUGUGGUUUGAACAAAAUGACCGAUUCAAAACGAAAACCUUCGGCUGCACACAAACAAAGCCACUACAGGGCACCAGACUGUGCUGAUUGAAAGAGGUGCAAUGCUGUAUGUAGAAGUGUAUGUGUGUGCAGGUAGGAGGAGCAGAAUGGAAGAGCAGUACAGUGGGAGAAAAGUGUGUUACAUGCCCUUAGCCUCAUUAAAUAUUUACCUUUGAAUCCCUAACUGUCAGUUUACCUUUCAAAGGGCCUACCAUAUCUAAUGGUUCAAAAAGCCACGGGCUUGCUCAUGUAGUGUGCACACCUCGCUCCCUCUUUUUUCUCCACUUCACCACGUUGAUCUCAUAUACCAUUGAGUAGACCGCCAGACGGUCUGCGUGCAGGGCUUCUCUUUGGGGUUGCUUCCAGUGUAGGCUCUGGUUUCAGAUCGGACCCACUGUCAGGAAGAAAUUGCUUGCAAAGAGGAACCUUGUAGGCGGUCCCUCUCCCUCUCUGGAACUUACAUGACGAAAAUCCAUUAUAGUGACGGAUCACUCUAAUACGUGUACAAUGAACUUUCUAGUAGCAGCUGCGCUUGCUGUGUGCGCCUAUGUAUCCAGCGUCCAUUGUGCCUCAGAGCCAAUUGCCUGGUGUUAUCAUCUGCCAAGCUGCAAUGACAACACCUGGCCAACCAUUUCUCCUCAAUACUGUAAUGGCACCCGACAGUCGCCCAUUAACAUUGUCUCAUCAAAUUCCAAACCUGAUGCCAGCCUGACCGCCUUCACCUUUAAAAACUUUGACAACACCUCCGUGCUAAAAAGCAUCAAAAACACCGGCGGGACAGUCAAGGUUACCUUUGGAAGCGGUGUUCAAGUUUCAGGAGGGGGUCUGUCCGAAGCCUAUGACAGCCUGCAGUUCCACUUGCACUGGGGAAAUGGCUCCUCAGUCCCUGGAUCUGAGCACACUGUGGAUGGCAAGCGCUACCCCAUGGAGUUGCACAUUGUAAACAGCAAGGCAUCCUAUAAUGGAAACACAACCCAGGCUGUUGCAGACUCCAAAGGACUUGCUGUUCUUGGUUUCUUCAUUGAGGAAAUGUCAGGGACUGCCACUGGCCAACCUGCAAGCUGGAAGACCUUGACCUCGUAUUUGACUAACAUAAAAAACAAAGAUGACUCUGUUUCAAUUGCAUCUGGGAUUUCACUGGACGAUCUCCUGGAUGGGGUGAAUCUCUCAAGGUAUUAUCGUUACCUUGGCUCCUUGACCAGCCCUGCUUGCAAUGAGGCCGUGGUUUGGAAUGUGUUCAAAGAGCCGAUCAAAGUCAGCAAAGACUUGAUUGACCUCUUCAGCACAACAAUACACAUCAACAACAGCUCAUCACCUUUGAUGACAAAUGUCUUCAGAAAAAUCCAGCCAGACCAACCAGUCACAGAGUCUGCAGGCAUUUCCUCCAGAGAGGACUGAUUGUGUCAGUAACAUAAACACCAUUAUCACAAUUAUUUAAUCUACAUUUGGCCUUUCAUCUCUGUGCUGAACUACUUGCCCAUGCAACAGUUCUUUGCUCUCUUGUUUACUCAUUCUUACAUUCUUCAUAUUAAAAUGAUGUGGUGUCACCAA